UUCGCCCUGACUUCUAUUGUCUGCGUUUCCCAGGUCCCCGGCGCUUCCGCAGCUGGGACCUGGGAUCCCCACAAACCUGGAAAUUCUCAGCCGUCGUCCUUCACCCAGAGCAAAUUGAGACAUCCCCGUGAGAGGCCGGGGGUCGCUUCCUUUUGGGUUUUAGGUCGCCCUGAGGCUGGUCCCGUCCCGCGUCUUUCUGCUAUAGGGCAACGUAUACACUUUCUACGCGUAGUUUUCCUGCUCUAAACCUUUUUCUGACUCCUCCCGCCCCGCGCUUUUUAAAGUCCUCACCGGAGUGGUGGAUUCUCACCCUCGUAGGCCCCUGGAGCGCAGCGCCGCUGCCCCAGUCCCGGGAAGGCCGCGUCCUCUGCCUUGUCCUGGGAUCCUGCAGACCCCACCCCACAUCUGUCUUAAGGCGCCAUCGCCCCUUUACCCCCGUCCUCGUGCGGGGCCCUGCUGCUCCACAGGUCUCCGCUCCACAGUCACCGCUUCCCCGAGCCCUCGUUGGGGAGGUUCCCGGGGUCUGUCCUGUGACACGGGGUGUUCUUGCCUGCCCAGCUCCAGCCCCUGGAAAAUGCGCACCCCCGGGAUGCAGGCGUCUUACUCCAAACCCUCCUGUGAUUGUGUGGGCCAAAGGGAUCAGGAGACGGAGAGAGAGCAGUAGAAAACCUGAGACAGAAAAGAAGAAUGAGAAAGACCCAUAACAGAUGGCAAAGUAGAGGAUGGGUGAGGGAUUUGCCGAGAGGCAGCAAAAGUGAAAAGAAAACGGAUUGACUUCUAAACACUCUUGAUACAUGAGGAAGAAACCCAGAAGAGGAAGAGGAAAGCAAAGGAGUCAGGGAUGGCUCUUCCUCAGGGUCUGUUGACAUUCAGGGAUGUGGCCAUAGAAUUCUCUCAGGAGGAGUGGAAAUGCCUGGACCCUGCUCAGAGGACUCUAUACAGGGCUGUGAUGUUGGAGAAUUAUAGGAACCUGGUCUCCCUGGCUAUUUCUUCCAAAUGCAUGAUGAAGGAGUUCUCAUCAACAGCGCAAGGCAAUAGAGAAGUGCUCCACACAGGGACUUUGCAAAGACAUGAAAGUCAUCACAUUGGAGAUUUUUGCUUCCAUGAUAUUGAUGAAGAUAUUCAUAACUUUGAGUUUCAGUGGCAAGAAGAUGAAAGAAAUGGCCAUGAAGCACCCAUUACAAAAAUCAACAACUUGACAGGUAGUACAGACCGAUAUGAUCAUAGUCAUGCUGGAAACAAGCCUAUUAAAGAUCAGCUUGGAUUAAGCUUUCAUUCACAUCUGCCUGAACUGCACAUAUUUUACACCAAAGGGAAAAUUGAUAAUCAAGUUGAGAAGUCUAUCAACGAUGCUUCCUCAUUUUCAACAGCCCAAAGAAUUUCUUGUAGGCCCAAAACCCAUAUAUCUAAUAACUAUGGGAAUGAUUUCCGGAAUUCUUCAUUACUCACAGAAAAACAGGAAGUACACAUGAGAGAAAAAUCUUUCCCAUGUAAUGAGAGUGGCAAAGCCUUUAAUUAUAGCUCACUCUUAAGGAAACGUCAGAUAAUCUAUUUGGGACAGAAACAAUAUAAAUGUGAUGUGUGUGGCAAGGUAUUUAAUCAGAAGCAAUACCUUGCAGGCCAUCAUAGAUGUCACACUGGUGAGAAACCUUACAGGUGUAAUGAGUGUGGCAAGACUUUCAGUCAGAUGUCAUCCCUUACAUGCCAUCGUAGAUUUCAUACUGUUGAGAAACCUUACAAAUGUGAGGAAUGUGACAAAGCUUUCAGUUUCAAAUCAAUCCUUGAAAGACAUAGGAGAAUUCAUAGUGCAGAGAAACCAUACAAGUGUAAUGAGUGUGGCAAGACCUUCAGUCAGGAGUUAACCCUUACAUACCAUCGUAGACUUCAUACUGGAGAGAAACUUUACAAAUGUGAAGAAUGUCACAAAGCUUUCUGUUUCAAAUCAAACUUUGAAACACAUAGGAGAAUUCAUACUGGAGAGAAACCGUACAAGUGUAAUGAGUGUGACAAGACUUUCAGUUCGAAGUCAUACCUUACGUGCCAUCGUAGACUUCAUACUGGAGAGAAACCUUACAAGUGUAAUGAGUGUGGCAAGACCUUUAGUCAGAAGUCAUCCCUUACAUGGCAUCGUAGACGUCAUACUGGAGAGAAACUUUACAAGUGCAAUGAGUGUGGCAAGACCUUCAGUCAGCAGUUAACCCUUAAAUGCCAUCGUAGACUUCAUAGUAGAGAGAAACCUUACAAAUGUGAAGAAUGUGACAAAGCUUACAGUUUCAAAUCAAACCUUGAAAUACAUCGGAAAAUUCACACUGAAGAGAAUCUUUACAAGUGUACUGAGUGUGGCAAGACCUUCAGCCGGAUAUCAUCCCUUACGUGGCAUCGUAGACUUCAUACUGGAGAGAAACCGUACAAAUGUGAAGAAUGUGACAAAGCUUUCAGUUUGAAAUCAAACCUUGAAAGACAUAGGAGAAUUCAUACUGGAGAGAAACUGUACAAGUGUAAGGAGUGUGGCAAGAUCUUUAGUCAGAAGUCAUCGCUUACAUGCCAUCGUAGACUUCAUCCUGAAAAGAAACCUUACAAAUGUGAAGGAUGUGACAAAGCUUUCAGUUUCAAAUCAAAGCUUGAAAGACACAGGAGAAUUCACACUGGAGAGAAACCGUACAAGUGUAAUGAGUGUGGCAAGACCUUUAGUCGGAAGUCAUCCCUUACAUACCAUCGUAGACUUCACACUGGAGAGAAACCUUACAAAUGUGAAGAAUGUGACAAAGCUUUUGGUAGGAAAUCAAACCUUGAAAGACAUAGGAGAAUUCAUACUGGACAGAAACCAUACAACUGUAAUGAAUGUGGCAAAACCUUUAUUCAGAAGUCAUCCCUUAUAUGCCAUCGUACACUUCAUACUGGAGAGAAACCUUACAAGUGUAAUGAGUGUGACAAGACCUUCCGUCACAAGUCAUCCCUCACAUGCCAUCGUAGACUUCAUACUGGAGAGAAACCUUGCAAGUGUAAUGAGGGUGGCAAGAACUUCAAUCAACAGUUAACCCUUAAAUGCCAUUGUAGACUUCAUACUGGAGAGAAACCUUACAAAUGUGAAGAAUGUGACAAAGCUUACAGUUUCAAAUCAAACCUUGAAAUACAUCGGAAAAGUCAUACUGGAGAGAAUCUUUGCAAGUGUAAUGAGUGUGGCAAGACCUUUAGCCGGACAUCAUCCCUUACAUACCAUCGUAGAGUUCAUACUGGAGAGAAACCUUAUAAAUGUGAAGAAUGUGACAAAGCUUUCCGUUUCAAAUCAAGCCUUGUAAUACAUAGGGGAAUUCAUACUGGAGAGAAACUGUACAAGUGUAAUGAGUGUGGCAAGACCUUUAGUCAGAAGUCGUACCUUAGACGCCAUCAUAGUCUUCAUACUGGAGAGAAACCUUACAAGUGUAAUGAGUGUGGCAAAACGUUUAAUCAGAAGUCAUACCUUGCAUACCAUCGUAGACUUCAUACUGGAGAGAAACCUUAUAAGUGUAAUGACUGUGGCAAGACCUUUGGUCAGAAGUCACAUCUUACAUGCCAUCGUAGACUUCAUACUGGAGAGAAACCUUACAAGUGUAAUGAGUGUGGUAAGAUGUUUAGUCGGAAGUCAUACCUUACACGCCAUCGUAGACUUCAUACUGGAGAGAAACCUUACAAGUGUAAUGAGUGUGGCAAAGCCUUUCAUGGGCAGUCAGCACUUCACAAAUGUAGUGAUUGUCACCAUGUCUUCAGUAAUGCUACAACUAUUGCAAAUCAUUGGAGAAUCCAUAAUGAAGAGAGAUCUUAGAAGUGUGAUAAAACCGGCAAACUUUUCAGACAUCAUUCAUACCUUGACCUCAUACUAGAGAGAAACCUUACAAAUGUGAAGAAUGUGAUGAAGCUUUUAGAUUCAAAUCAAACCUUGAUAGUCCUAGAAAUCAUAUUAGAAAGAAACCUUACAAGAGUAGUGA